CUGCCUCCAUUGCGUUAUUGUAGUGUCAAAUUUUGAUGCUAUCUAUCAUAUUGUCAUUAUAUCGAUUAAUGUCCACCCUUCUUGAGAUCUGAGAUACAUCAAUAAUGAUAUGUGUUAAACGUAAUUCCUUAAAUAAUCACAAUAGUGUAUUUGAUAUCUUUUAAUUAAAAAAAGAUAUCGGAAUGGAUGAUACGACAGAAGAAGUUAGUUCGCUUUAUGCUUGGUAUCUUACCAAUUUUUUAAUAAAAGAUAAAAAAUAAACUAAAAACAAUGCAGGUUAAAAAACAACAAAACAAAAACUCAAGUAUGUAUUUUAAAAUAACCACAUCAAAUAAUUCAAGUCAUUUAAAUGAAAUGUAUCGAACUCGUCAUCAUGUAACCACCAGUAGGGGGUGUUGCCGGGUUCCAACACCCUUCUUUUGCAUUGUAAAAAACACAUUUUUUUGCGUUCUUGAAGUAUGUGCACUAAGAUGGCGCACAACCUGAACCCUAACCUGGUACAACUACUAUGUUCAGGUUGUGCGACAUCUUGGUGCACAUACUUCUGGAGGUCUUAUUUUUUUGUAUCAUACAUAACAAUUCUUAUCAAAAUAGCUUAAUAAAACACUUUUUGGACCUUUAAUAUCAUUGAAAAAAAACUAUUUCCAGGACUCUGCUAGACUCGCUAGCUGUUUCAGCAAAAUUUGGCAAUUAGGAAUUUCAGAUCCCCUGUUCCAAAAUUCCUGGCUGAAUGAAUUUGACUCGACUCUGAACUUAUUCAUGACUCGGGAUUUCAGAGCUCUGCGCAAAACAGGGAUUCAUAACAAAAACAUUUUCUUACAAAAGACUCCCGGCACUAAUUCUUCCUUUUAAUUUUAUCAAAAUGUUCCUUUUCUGAAUAUUUGAUUUGAUUCUUAUUAUUUUACCACUCAUUUUACUGACAUAUUUAUCUUUUAUUCUGCUGUAUUAUUAUUACUGUAUCUGUAUUCCAUUUCGCUUCUGUCAAUUUUUUAGUUCAAUUGUUCUUUGACUGUGAACCUAUUUAUUACAUUUAGAAAAUAAGUAAUUCUAAUGGUUUUUUGAGUAGAAUAAAAUUGACAGAAUUUUGCUUGCUCAACCGGAACCAAGAAAAUGUUGAAUAAAAGUACAAGGAUUGGAAGAGGCUUCCAAAAGAAAGUUGCAGGAGAUCAUCGGAUAAUCAGAUUCAAAUGUGCAAUGAACAACACAAUAGCUGAUGUAUUGAGACAAAGACCUGGAUGGGUGGAAUCUAAAGAAGGAGAAGACUGGGAUUUCUACUGGUGUGAUGUCGGAUGGCUGAGAGAGAAUUUCGAUCAUAUUUAUAUGGAAGAGCAUGUCAGGAUUUGCCAUUUCAGGAAUCAUUAUGAGUUAACAAGGAAGAAUCUGAUGGUGAAAAAUUUGAAAAGAUUAAGAAAACAGUUGGAAAGAGAGUCCAAAUCAGAAGCUUUGAAAUGUGAAUUCUUCCCGACUACGUAUGAGUUACCGAGUGAAUAUCAUAUAUUUGUUGAAGAAUUCAAGAAAAAUCCUGGAACUGUCUGGAUCAUGAAACCUGUUGCCAAAUCACAGGGGAAAGGAAUAUUCUUGUUCAGAAGAUUAAAGGACAUUACUGAUUGGAAAAAGGAAGGCUACAGAGUGAAUGGCGAUGAACGAAAAGAAGAAACGAAAGACGUUGAAACUUACAUUGUGCAAAGAUAUCUGGAAAAUCCUUAUUUGAUUGGAGGAAGAAAAUUUGAUUUGAGAGUUUACGUUCUUGUGCAGUCGUAUGUUCCUCUCAAAGCCUGGUUGUACAGAGAUGGAUUCGCUCGCUUCUCAAACACGAGGUUUUCAUUGGAUAGCAUCGAUGAUAGUUAUGUUCAUCUCACAAAUGUUGCAAUUCAGAAGACAGCUCCAGACUAUGACCCGGAGAAGGGUUGCAAAUGGUCUUUACAACAACUUCGAACUUACCUAACUGCUAAACAUGGGCAUGAAGCGGUAGAGAAUGUUUUCAGACAAAUGAACGAAAUUUUCAUCAAAACUUUACAAAGUGUUCAGAAGAAUAUAAUCAAUGAUAAACAUUGUUUUGAGUUGUAUGGCUAUGAUAUCUUACUCGACUCUUAUUUGAAACUGUGGCUUCUUGAAGUGAAUGCGUCACCAUCUCUCACAGCCAGUAACCAGGAAGAUUAUGAUUUGAAGUUCGGACUUUUAGAAGACACUAUCAAUAUUAUUGACAUGGAAGGAAGAUUCACUGGUAAAGAGAAAAGAGCUGGAGGUUUUGAUUUGAUGUGGAAUGAUGGUCCUGUGUAUGCAGAUGAAGGGGGAAUGGACAGCAUGGGUGGCCCUGCGUAUGCUACAAAUACUUUCUUAGGUUGCCACAAUGACAGAAAACGUCAGUUGGUUCAACUCUUCAGAUCCUUGCAGUCAAAGAAAGCAACAUCAGUUUCAUGAACAACGCACCUUACCAACAGACUGUGAUACCAGCAUGCCACAAAGACGAUAUUAAAUAUUAUUGGCAAUUCAUAGGUUGACUGUUCUUGUAGAUGAUGUUUCAAGCAAACUUUCAUAAAAAAUUUUGGUGCUCCCAAAGUGUGUGCACCAAGAUGGCGCACAACCUGAACAUAGUAUGUGUACCAGGUUAGGGUUCAGGUUGUGCGACAUCUUGGUACACAUACUAUGGAAGCGCCAACAUUUCAAUCUAAAAAUAAUGUUACCAUUUAAAGGGGAUUUAUCCCAACUUUGUGGCACAGAGCGGGAUAUCUGAUCAAAAGGUCAGGUCGCAAUGCUGCCAUUCAUUCAUGAGUUAGUUAUGCAUCAGAUUUUUUACUGUUUACUUUUUCACAUUUCAUGUUUUGUUAUGUUUUUUAAAAAUAAAGUUUAUA